AAUAAGCGCAAUCCGCAGACUCACACAGUUCAGUCGUCCUACACAACAUGGAUGGUGCGCUGAAGGUGUUGCUGCUGGCAGCCCUGAUUCUGCUGGUUUCUGCCCAGACGUUUAAUAACUACAGAAGCUUGUCUGAUGUAUUACGAAAACACAUUGACAAAGCGCUGAAAAAGGCAAACCAGCACUUUGGAGCGGGUCAUCAUGUUGCUUAUGAAACACUCAGAAAAACUCCGACGACUAUGGAGAGCAGCCUGAACGUAAAUGUCCUUCUGAAAGUCACGACAUGCAAGAAGGCUUCUGAGGAUGCAUAUGAGCACCGAGAUGAAUGUGUUACACGAAAAGAACAAACGCCCUGGAUUGACUGCCUUGUGUGUAAGACAAAUGAUGGUACAGAACUGGUUGAUUGUGGCACAGUGAGACAAGUCAUUACAAAAAUGCGGGAUAAAUUUCGAAAUAACUGUAGGGCACAUUUUCAUGGAAGUAGCGCUGCCUUCCAGAAAUCUGAGGAUGACAAGCAGAUCGGAUGUCUCGGAUGUAUGUGAAGCGGCACAAAUCAUAACAGCACAGAUUCUAACUAUAUAUAAGUGAAAAUUGGUAUGCUUAAAUGCAAAAUUUGAGUUCAGUGCUUCACUAGUACAUACAGUUAUAGGCAAAUGAUGUUCAGCUUUAUGAGACAAUGCUUUACCAAUGAUUACACAGAUUAGUAAAUAAAGCACAUUACAAAAGGA